AUGGUCUUCACGCGGUCAGCGACCCAUUCGAUACACGAUAUCGCUUCCGGGCUUCUCCACCAUCACAGGUUGACGAGUGAGGAGAAGAUGCAAAUCUCGGCGCAGAUGCAUGACCAGGAGCGGGCGUUCGUGGCGCGGUUCAGUGCGCAGCAGCACCCUCUGGCGCCAGAAGAGGUACAGCAGGACACGCGGAACAAGGACUUGGGGCGGAGCUCGAGGGGGUUGACGGUUGAAGAUUUCGAGCUGGUCCGGACGCUGGGAACGGGAACAUUUGCGCGCGUCUGGCUUGUACGUCUUGCGAAUCCCAGGCCCGAAGACGCGGAUAAGGUGUUUGCGCUGAAGGUGCUGCGGAAAGUUGAAGGCAUGUUCGAUAUUAUCAGGCUGAAGCAGGUUGACCACGUCAACCACGAGCGCUCAGUCCUUGCAGAUGUUGCUGGCCACCCCUUCAUAACGACGCUGAUAACUUCCUUCUCCGACCACGACUCCCUCUACAUGCUCCUCGACUACUGCCCUGGCGGUGAAGUCUUCUCCUACCUGCGCAAGCAAAAGCGCUUCGACGAGAAUACGUCCCGCUUCUACGCCGCCGAAAUAGUGCUCAUCCUCGAAUUCCUGCACGAGCGCGAAGGCGUCGCCUAUCGUGACCUCAAACCCGAGAACCUCCUCCUCGACGCAGAUGGCCACAUCAAGCUGGUGGAUUUUGGGUUCGCCAAGAGACUUGGAAACAGAGAAACCUAUACCUUAUGCGGUACUCCCGAGUACCUGGCGCCCGAGGUCAUCCAGUCCAAGGGCCACACGACGGCGGUCGAUUGGUGGGCGCUGGGCAUCCUGAUAUUUGAGUUUAUGACCGGGUAUCCGCCGUUCUGGGACCAGAGCCCGAUUGAGAUUUACAAAAAAAUCGUCUCCAAACCUGUGCAGUUCCCAUCCGAACCCCCCAUCUCUGCCGACUGCAAAGACAUCAUCCGCCACUUCUGCACAGUCGACCGGUCCAAGCGCCUCGGCAAUGUCUCGGGCGGUGCGCAGCGCGUCAAAGACCACCCCUUCUUCCGCGGUAUCAACUGGGAGGAGAUCUACUAUAGGAAACACAGGGGCCCGAUCAUACCGCCGGUCAGGUACCCCGGGGACGCACAGUGUUUCGACUUGUACCCCGACGAGAAGGCGGGGAGGGAGCGGUACACGGAAGACCUGCAGAAAAAGUGGGAGAGCCAUUUUAAGGAUUUCUGA